UUUUCGAAAUGCCAAGACCUGAAACCUCUGGCCGGUAGCUCAACUCAUUCCAACGCCAUCACCCCAACCGUUAACAACUACUACUACUAUAGUAGAAAUUCAUUUUGCCCUAACCGUUUUUUCAACUACAACAGUCCAAAAUGAGUGAAGAAGCACCAGCAGAUGGACCGGCAGCGGGAGAAGAGGUGGACGAUUCUUCAGAUACCACCACCCCGGCGCCCGUGGAUACCACCACAGCUGGCGCCCGUAUGAUGAUGAUCCACCCCUGGCUGGCGGCCGCCGCAGUGGCCGUCUAUGCCACCAAGGUCAUGUGGGUCAAGUUCCGUGAGAUCGGUGUGGCCAAACAGAAGAAGCUGCUCAAAAAUCCACACUCGCAGCAGCCGAAGUCCUUGCAGGACAUCGAAGAAGAGGAUUCCGAAUUGGAAUCUGAGGCAGAGGACGACGACGUGCCCCAACAACUGGAAGAUGACGCGAGUAUAUGCCAACGCUCGAUCGAAGUUGCCUCCGCCGACUGCUAAUGUUCGAAUCGGGAAUGAAGGGCCAUGGAAAGGACACCACACACACACACACACACACACACACACACACACACACCGGAGUUGUACUACACUAAUUGUUGUAAUGCUUGCGUUUUCAGUAGGGGAGGAUCGUCGAGCAACGUUUGACUUUGACCACCACAUUGGGGGACACAAAUUAUUAGUUUUAAAACAUUAACCAAAAUUCUUGUAUACCAGUGCGAUAUUUGAAUCAGUUUUUAUGAGUUUAUAUUAAACGCUGCGAUGAAAGUAUGGUACCCUAA